UCGGGUCCACAGGUCUACAAACAAACUCUGGUGCGAGAUUUCACCAGUAACCAUCAUGGCUGCCGUUUGCAGAAACACGUUUCCCUGCUGGUCCCGAAGGUUACAAAAUUCACUCUGCAUAAACUAUAACUCUCUACAACGUGCUUCUUCCUUAGCUCAGACGUCAGGGAACCAGCGAGGCCCGCAGAGGGGCAGAAGGAGAAGAGAUGACGGGCCGGCGAACCCGGGUAGGCGGCCCAUGGUGCCAAGGACAGCGAAGAUGGCGGAGGACCAGGACUGGCCCAGUGUCUGGCCGACUGCGGCCACAUUCAAACCGUCUGCCGUCCCGCUACCUGUACGGAUGGGCCACCCUCUUAACAGAGGAGUACAGCCGGACAAGUUCGGCAACAACGAGCUCCGGAAGAUCCCCAACUUCCUGCACCUGACACCUGUAGCGGUGAAGCGACACUGCGAGGUUCUGAAGCAGUUCUGUACGGACUGGCCGGCCGCGCUGGAGACAGACGAGGCCUGCGAGGAACACUUCCCGCUGGAGGUCAUCACGACAGAUUACGUGCUGUCAGGUCCAUCGCUGCGACAUCCCGAAGCCAGGAUCGUCACAUUGAAGCUGAAACUGUCCCAGCUGGAACUAGACGACCACGCCAGGAAAAAACUCCUGAAGCUCGUCGGCGACAGGUACGACAAGGAAACUGACGUCCUGACCAUCGCGGCAGACCGCUGCCCCCACCGCCAACAGAACUACGACUACACGCAGUACCUCCUGACCGUGCUCUACCUCGAGGCCUGGAAGACUGAACCCUGGGAAGACAGCAUCACGCCAGAUGAUCGAGACGAGUUUCUCUGGGAGGGCAGUCCAUCGGAGCAGAACAUCGUCAAAACCAUCAGAGCUAUACAGCAGGCAGAUAAGGGAAGCAGUGAUACAACAGAGGAGGACAUAGUACUGAACCCUGAGGUACAACAAUAUAAACAGGCUGUUGUAACGCAGAAGAACCAGGGAGAGAGUUCUGAACACGUACAGGAAUACAAGGACUCCGUCAAACGGCUACUAGGACUGAACUGAACAGUUAGAAAAUUUAGUGUUAAUGAUUGAGAAUCGUUGUACAAACACUGAUUUCUUUCUAAGCCUAAGUCGAUACACAGUGCAUUGUACUGUAGUCCAAUAACGGGAUAUCAAAGUGGGAACUACCACUGUUUACUCUU